AUGGCAGUCAGCGACGAAAAGAGGGCGGCCGUCGAUGUGUCUUCGGCGCAGGAGUCAGUGGAAGACACUUCAAAUUCCGUGUUGCAAAGUGGAAACAUCAUCGAUGAUGGCCUGCAGCGCGGUCUCAAGAACCGGCAUCUCAUUAUGAUAUCUUUUGGUGGUGUUGUGGGUGCGAGUAUAUGGUAUGGAACGGGAUAUGCCAUCGCCUAUAGCGGCCCAGUCGGGGCUCUGAUUUGCUUCUUCAUAAUCGGCGUCGACGUCUACUUUGUGAUGCAGUGCCUAGGAGAAAUGAGCACCCUGUUCCCCAUCCAAGGCGCCUUCAUCGAGCUUGCCGGGAGAUUCGUCGACCCUUCACUUGCGUUUUCCCUGGGCUGGAAUUAUUUCUACCUGUGGAUUACCAAUGUCGCCGGGGACUUCAAUGCGAGCUCGAUCAUAAUGGGAUACUGGACCGAUAAGGUACCGACCUACGGCUGGAUUUUAUUGUGGUGGGCAUUUUAUCAGGUAACUUCAUUGCUCGGCGUCGUUGUUUGGGGAGAGAUGGAGUUCUACUUCGCCUGCUGGAAGCUGUUCUGCAUCCUUGGCGGCUUCCUCUGCGCAAUCCUGCUCAAUACCGGUGCCAUCGGCGGCGAGUACAUAGGAUUUCGGUUUUGGAGAGAUCCUGGUCCUAUUGCCAACGGCAUCAAUGGCUUUGGUCAGUGUUUCCUGCUCGCAGCGGUGUACUACUGCGGAACAGAGAUGCUAGCACUCACGGCUGCUGAGUCCAAGAACCCAACGAAAGAUCUACCGAGGGCUAUAAAACAAACCUUCUGGAGGGUCCUGAUCAUUUUCAUGGGCCUUGUAUUCUUCGCCGGCAUUAUUGUGCCGUCAGACAGCCCUGACCUCCUGACAGCUGCCACCAAGUCGGGGAAGUCACCUUGGACCAUCGCCUUCGCAAAUGCCGGUGCACCUCAACUUGGUCACGUCGUGAACGUUGUAAUGAUCACGGCCCAACUGUCCUCGAUGAACUCAGCCCUUUAUGUGGCUUCUCGAAGUUUGGUCUCUCUGGCCAAGGCUGGCCGCGCACCCAAGUUCUUUGCAAAGACCACCAAAAAUGGAACGCCAGCAAAUGCCCUAAUUUUCUCGAAUCUUCUUGGGCUCGUGUCCAUACUCAACUAUACGGCAGGUCCGGGAAAGGUCUUCAGCUACCUCACGAGCAUCAGUGGCUCGGCCACAUAUAUUGCGUGGGCCGUUAUUGGCGUAACUCACAUGCGUUUUCGCAAAGGCUGGGUCGCCCAGGGCAACCGAGUUGAAGACCUGCCAUUCCGCGCCCUGUGGUAUCCCUACGGCACGAUAUUUGUUAUCUGCAUCAACACCCUGCUUGUCUUCAUUGCAGGCUAUAGCGUGUUCGUUGGGGGGUUCGACGCGGUUGGCUUCGUCAUCAAUUACAUUGUCAUUGCGGUAUUUGUUGUGUUAUUCUGUGGUUGGAAAAUUCUAAAGGGAACGAAGAUUGUCCCGCUCGCAGACAUGGACCUGAAGACAGGCAGGCGACAUGUUGCAGUGACUAUGGAAGAAGAUGAUGUUGGCCUAGGGAAGAAGCGAAUCCCGUGGUAUGUCAAGAUCAAGCGUGCCAUAUUCAGCUAA